AUGGCUACCACUCCCGCCGAGACGAAGGGCGCAACACCCUCGCAACGCUCGCACUCCUCCUCCAUCAAAUCCGUGGAACUCCCGCCGAACCGGUCGCCGAAUCUUGCUCCUCAACCAAAUGGUAUUGCCGCUCCAUCAGAAGCCCAUCUGCAACCAGCUAAACCCGCCGAAAAGGCAUCUGUGAAGGACCGUAUCACGCGCAUGUUCUCGCAGCGCUCGCUCGUGAGCCUCGAUCCAAGCAACCCCGCCAACCAGCGGAAACAACAGGCACAGCAGACGCAAGCCUCGCCGUCCUCGCAACCUACACAGUCGUCGCAACCAGUCCAGUCUCUGCAACUCCCCGCACAGCUGCAAGCACAAGCAUCAGAAUCUGCACGCCCGUCACAAACCCAGUCGCCCGCUCCACAGUCCCAGUCAAAACAGUCGCUUGAUGCGAUACAGCACCAACAAGCCCUACUGCAGCUCGCCAAAGACAACCCUGGCCUGUCUGCCUCAAGCACCAACGGUUCAGCACAAGCAUCGAGCACUCCAAACAGCGGUGCAGCGUCACCUGUCACGCGUUCCCAAGCUCCAUCUCGCAAGGGCUCUACCACAGAAAAGAUGCCUCACGAAAAGAUCGCACAUGAAAAGAUCGCCCAUGAAAAAGGGCCCACGACGACACCGCCGAAGCCCGCAGCGAAAUCGGGCACCCCUGGUCAGUACCAGCGCUUUGUCGUUGACCCGAGCUUCCAGGGCGGCCACGAGCACCACCUCAAGUCCAGCCGGCGCCAGGAAAAGUUGGUGGAUAUGUUCCGUGGCUUGAUUCUUGGCAAAAAGCCUGAGCACCCCGAGGGCGAUCUAUCCCUCGUGUCCAGCUGGGUCGACAACCUCAAGCAGGAGAAGGACACACUUGCUGCCGACAAAAAGGCGGGCGCCGACAAAAAGCUUGGUGCUGUCCAACCCGCAUCGACUCUCAUUGAGAAAUACGGAAAGUGCCAAGAGAUUGUUGGUCGCGGUGCCUUUGGUGUCGUGCGUAUAUCGCACAAGAAGCUGGCUGACGGCAUGGGCGAGAAGCUGUACGCUGUCAAGGAGUUCAAGCGCCGGCCCGAGGAAAACGAGAAGAAGUACAGCAAGCGCCUUACGGCCGAGUUCUGUAUUUCGUCCAGCCUGCGCCACCCCAAUGUCAUUCACACGCUCGAUCUACUCAAGGACUCAAAGGGCGACUACUGCGAGGUCAUGGAGUUCUGUGCGGGUGGCGACCUGUACACCUUGGUGCUUGCCGCAGGCAAGCUCGAGGUGCAGGAAGCUGACUGUUUCUUUAAGCAGAUGAUGCGCGGUGUAGAGUACAUGCACGAGAUGGGCGUGGCCCACCGCGACUUGAAGCCGGAGAACCUGCUCCUCACAACACACGGCGGUCUAAAGAUUACCGAUUUCGGAAACGGGGAAUGCUUUCGUAUGGCGUGGGAAAGUGACGCGCACAUGGUGUCGGGCUUGUGCGGCUCUGCCCCUUACAUCUCCCCGGAAGAGUACGUCAACAAAGAGUUUGAUGCUCGUGCUGUCGACGUGUGGGCCUGCGGUGUCAUCUACAUGGCCAUGCGCACCGGCCGGCACCUGUGGCGCCUCGCAAAGAAGGACGACGACGAGUUCUACGCCCGCUACCUUGACGGCCGCCGCGACGAAGAGGGCUAUGGCCCAAUCGAGUCACUCCAUCGUGCCCGGUGCCGUAACGUCAUCUACUCCAUACUUGACCCCAAUCCCACCCGCCGCAUUACGGCUUCGCAGGUGCUGAAGUCGGAGUGGGGCCGCGAGAUCAAACUGUGCAAGGCCGGCGAGGAAGGCUUAUAA